AAGUGUAAAAUGAAUCUUGAAACUUAAUUUUAUAAGUUAAACAUUUUGUUAUUUUGUGAUAAAAUAAAACUAAAAAUGGUUUUAUAGUUAUACAACUGCGAUUUGCGCAUGCCCUACAUUUUAAAAGUAACUUCCAUUAUAUUUUUAAAGUUUUGGUUUACGAAAAUUGUAUGUGCGUGUUAUGGCGAAAGAUGCGUUCUUGGAACGGGAAUUUCAUACUGUUCCUGGGCGUAUUUUUUUGUGUAAGCGGGAACGAGAAUGAAUCUAUAAACGAACAUUCUUUGGAAUUGACCCAGUCCUUGAACUUGGCGCGGCAAGAGCUUAUUCAGGAAGCAUGUCGUCGAUUCCCCUUGAAAUUAAGUCUUGAUGAUUUACCGCCAAGUCAACUUGAACAUAUACUUGUUGAUGAUGAACACAAACUUCUUUAUUGCUACGUACCAAAGGUGGCAUGUACGAAUUGGAAACGUAUACUUAUGAUACUGGCUGGAAAAUGGAACGGCACCGAUGUUUUGGCUAUACCCGCGAGCCUCGCUCACUCACCUGGAAUGUUCCGGAACUUGAGCACUGUACCCAAAGAAGACAGGCAGGUUAUGUUGGAUAAUUAUCACAAGAUGAUCAUAGUGAGGAAUCCUUUUGAAAGAUUGCUGUCAGCGUAUAGAAAUAAAUUGGAGGGAGAUACACAGAGCGCGAAGUAUUUUCAGGACAGAGUGGGCAAGAGGAUAAUUAGAGCGUACCGUGAGAAUCCUACCAACGAGUCUCUGGAGCAUGGGCAUGACGUCACGUUCAAAGAGUUCGUGUUAUUCCUCACCAAUCAAUCGGAGGAGAUGGCUGAUGUGGUGAACAACGAGCACUGGCAGCCAAUCACCAGCCUCUGUCAUCCCUGCCUCAUUAAGUACUCGCUUGUUGGUAAAUACGAGACUCUAUUGGACGAUUCGUUGCUCGCUUUAAACACUAUCAAUGCUUCCUACAUCCAGUUCCCAAGACUCGCCCACACGUCGGGCACGGCUGAAAAACUACAUAAAUAUUUCUCACAACUAGAUCUACCUCUUAUACGACGUCUAUACAAACUCUACAAAUAUGAUUAUAGAGUAUUUAAUUACGAUCUAGAUAAUAUAGUCGGCUAUGAUCUUGGAUAAAUUAGUUUAAGAACCGUGUGCUAUUUUUUUAGUUAGCUUACCAGCUAAUUCAUGUACAAAAUAUUGUGAUUCUUUACACGAGUACAUUUUUUCUAUAGAUUUAUUAUUUUAUUUUGCGUUUUCACUGCUGAAACAAUCACGUAAACAGAGAAUGUGCAGGUCAGGAAUCCCAUGUUAAUUCAAAUGGUAACCCAUAAUGUUAGAAUUAGCUUUGUAAAUAUCACAAGGUGUAUGAGAUGUAUACAUAAUAUGUGAGUGAGACAAGUGUAAGUAUUAUAGGAACAAAGAUAUAAUAUUAAUGUCCCCUUUUCUUAUAAAAAAUCCUAUCAUGUCCCUUAUUUUUAAGGAGUGUAUUAUAAUAUAUUUCAUUCCAUUU